AUGUUUCGUCUUUGGAAGUCAAAACCACCCCAACAAAUGAUCGACAAGGAGAAAGAGAGGGAACUUCCACGAAAGCAUCCCCUCCCCACCUCUCUCUCUUCUUCUCCGGUCACCAUAUAUAUUCUUUCUUUUCAUGGAGUCGAUGAACAAUACGAUGAUUCGGCUUUAGAAGGUGUCGCUGCAAAUGUUAAGUUGUUACUAAAAUUGGUUCAAGAUCAUAAGGAAGCUUGCCAAACCCAUAAACAUGAUGGUCGAAGGAUGCUGAGGGUGGCUGGGAUGAUGACCAUCCUUGACAUGGUUCGAACCCGUAUUCAAAAAUGUCAAUCCUUCGGGGCUGAUCGAACUGAGUUAAGACGUUGCAAUAGCGAUAUGCGAACUAGUAUUGUUGAAAACGAGAAGCGAUCAACCGAAUCACAUGUGGUUGAUGACAAAGAGAAACUUAAGAGACAGUUGAGUGCCAGCUCAGCGGCCCGUAAAAGCCUAGAGGCCAUGUGUUCAAGUUUAGGAAAAGAAAAAGAAAUCAUGAUGGGGGAGUUGGCCCGAAAAGCCCAUGAAUUAGCCGAAAUGGAGGAUCAUAUCGAAGAUCUAAAAGCUCAAAACGAUUCGUUGUUGGAAAGGGUUAAAGAUUGUGCGGAGGUCCACGAGCCUGGAGUGAAAGAACCUCAAGAAAAAACCUCGGUUUAUGAGCAUAACAAGGCCCUUAAAGACCAACUUAUGAGAUCACUUAAUGGAUAUAGAAAUAUGAAAAAGAACCUCACGGAAGUCCGCGAGGAGAAUCUUUUAAUGCAAUCAAAGAUCGAGGAAAUGGCGAUUAAAGUUGGUGCAAGCCUCGAGAAGAUUAGAAGGUAUAGACAAAAUCAUAAUGAAAAUAACGAAGAGCUUUCGGAUAUUGAAGAGGGGAUUUUGGAACUUGAGCAUAUAUCAAAGUGUUUUGAUAUUGGUGAUAGAAAAAAAGGCAAGUGCAGUGAAUGUGGUCAUGUGAAUAAGAAGAAUAGUGUUCCGAAACCUAUUCGGGCUUCAGAAAGACGAGGGGUACUUUAGAAGGAUCGAUAUAUAGUUUGUCAUAGAUAUCAUAGAAGAUGAUACCGAUAAAGUGCUUACGCCAACAGAAAACCCUACCAAGGAGUUUUUCCAGAUGGAGCACAAAAAUAAAUUUUCGACAGUGGAUUGUUGCACGGCAAUGGAGGAAAUUAUUAAAAAAACAAAAAAAAAACACCAAA